AUGCAGCUCUCCACUGUCUUUGCUGCCGCCAUGGCUCUGAUGAUGCCCGCCGCGGUCUUUGGCCAGAACAUCGGAGACCCAGUCACCACCAGCGUCCUGGUCGUCGAGUACGUUCCAGCCGUCUCGACCUCGACUGUGUACCAGACCACCCAGUUCACCGUCUGGAGCUGUGCACCCGACGUUCCCAACUGCCCAGCUCGUUCAGCCACGUCCCUCGCUCUGGUUACGGCUGUCGUCGGCAUGUCCACCACCAUCUGCCCAGUCACCUUCGUCAGCACUCGUGUCAGUUCCUACACUACACCUGCUACCACCAGCUACGCAUCGUCCUCGCCUGGUGCCACUGUCAGCUCGGCCUCUGCCAUCUCGACCACCUACUCGACUGGCAGCUCCACCGUGACCAUCGGCUCGUCCUACUCUCAGAGCUGGAGCUACUGGUCAACCAUCAGCUACAGUGCCUCAUCCACCGAGUCCAUUGUCACCACUCAGACCACGCUCUACUCUGGCGGUCCUUCUCUCCCAACUGGCUGGACCAUCACCCCAACCUCAUCCGGGUCUGCUGGCUCGGGUCUGGCAUCGGCAUCUGCAUCGACUGGCUCAUCUGCUUCGGCUUCGGCUUCAGCAUCAGCAUCAUCCAUUUCAUCGGCUCCAGCAUCAGCAUCAUCCACUUCGUCGGCUUCAGCAUCAGCAUCCGUCUUUAACUCAGCAGGAGCAUCGUCGUCAUCGUCGGCAGCCUCUUCGGCAGGCGUCAUCACAGCUUCUGCCAGUGCCGUCAUCACCACCAGCGUUGCUGCCAACGGUAGCUCGUACACCAUCUCGUACUCGCCAUUGGGCACCGGCAGCCUCAGCUCGGUCAUCAGCGGUUCGGGAUCCACCAACAACAUCUCCGUUCCAUCAGGCCCAGCUGGCUCCGGUCCAUUGCCCACCUACACUGGUAUGGCAGGUCGUGAGAAUGUCAUGACUGCCUUGUCUGCUCUUGCCUUGGGCAUGGUGGCAGCUCUGGUCUUGGUUUGA